GCUAAGGUGUCCUCUUGCCGUUCCCGGUGCUUGGGCCUUGCCUGUGACGGUGGGAAAAGAAAAUGGCCUUGCUGUGCUACAACCGGGGCUGCGGUCAGCGCUUCGAUCCCGAGACCAAUUCCGACGAUGCUUGCACAUACCACCCAGGUGUUCCAGUCUUUCACGAUGCAUUGAAGGGUUGGUCUUGCUGUAAGAGAAGAACAACUGAUUUUUCUGAUUUCUUAAGCAUUGUAGGCUGUACAAAAGGUAGACAUAAUAGUGAGAAGCCACCUGAGCCAGUCAAACCUGAAGUCAAGACUACUGAGAAGAAGGAACUAUCUGAAUUAAAACCUAAAUUUCAGGAACACAUCAUUCAAGCCCCUAAGCCAGUAGAAGCAAUAAAAAGACCAAGCCCAGAUGAACCAAUGACAAAUUUGGAAUUAAAAAUAUCUGCCUCCCUAAAACAAGCACUUGAUAAACUUAAACUGUCAUCAGGGAAUGAAGAAGAUAAAAAAGAAGAAGACAAUGAUGAAAUUAAGAUUGGGACCUCAUGUAAGAAUGGAGGGUGUUCAAAGACAUAUCGGGGUCUAGAGAGUCUAGAAGAAGUCUGUGUAUAUCAUUCUGGAGUACCUAUUUUCCAUGAGGGGAUGAAAUACUGGAGCUGUUGUAGAAGAAAAACUUCUGAUUUUAAUACAUUCUUAGCCCAGGAGGGCUGUACAAAAGGGAGACACAUGUGGACUAAAAAAGAUGCUGGUAAAAAAGUUGUUCCAUGUAGACAUGACUGGCAUCAGACCGGAGGUGAAGUUACCAUUUCAGUAUAUGCUAAAAAUUCACUUCCAGAACUUAGUCGAGUAGAAGCAAAUAGCACAUUGUUAAAUGUGCACAUUGUAUUUGAAGGAGAGAAGGAAUUUGAUCAAAAUGUGAAAUUAUGGGGUGUGAUUGAUGUAAAGCGAAGUUAUGUAACUAUGACUGCAACAAAGAUUGAAAUCAAUAUGAGAAAAGCGGAACCAAUGCAGUGGGCAAGCCUUGAACUGCCUGCAGCUAAAAAGCAGGAAAAACAAAAAGAUGACACAACAGAUUGAAUGGGAGAUGGGAGGAAGGCUAUUACAUAUUUCAGAAUUCUUAAUACUGUGUGAAGUGGUGGCUUGCUGCUGUAAUCUUUUGUUUUGUUGUUGUGUUAUUGAAUGUGGCAUUUCAGGGUUAACAUUAAGUUCUUAAAAGCCAAAGUCAGUUUGUCUUUUUGUGCCUCUCAUCUUUCUUUUGUGUUAUGUAAGAUUGAUUGAUUAUUCAUUUCUCCUUACUGGUAGGAACCAUAGUUGUGUCCUUUACUUGAAGAGGCUGGAAAAUAGCCCAUAACCAUAAUUGCAGUAUUUCUUUGUAUUUCUUUGUUAAGCAGAGAAAUAUUAAGGAACUUUUUUUUUAUGUCUUCGUAUUAUUCCAUAAUUAGUAAAGCAAGAUGAAAUAUCAAAUUUUAGUCAGUUUUUUCAUGGAUUUGUGUUCUUACAGUACUUGAAAAUAUUUAAGGAAGAGAUGAAGCUCUGCAGUUUUUUUCUAUGUGGGAUGAUUACUUUUUUAAGGAGUAUUAAUUCUGAGUAUAGUAAAUAAAGGGGAAUAUAUGAAUUGUUUAACAAAUUAGAAUUUGUUUACAACUACUUGAAUUUUUAAAUUAUGUCAAAACUUACAUUACUUGCCAAGCAGUAUGAUGUAAGAGUAUAGGAAACAUAAAUAAGAAUACAGAGAUACCAAUUUGGUUACAAUUUACCAUUUUAUAAGACUAAGCAAUAAUCUUAAAAACCUCUUUCCUGAAUAUUUAAAUGUGUUUGUAUGGUGUUAUGACUGAUUGUUACUGAUUUAGAGACUAAGCCCUCUUAAAACCUUUAGUUAAAUAUAAAAAGAAAUUAUAUAUACCUUGCCUCCCUGAUGGAAAACUAUAUAAAAUUGUAGACUUAAAAGGUUUGUGGAAAUACAUUAGGAUAUCAGAAAACUAAAUAUAUAGAGUUGCUUUAUGACUAUUACAUGUUAAAUAAAAUAGCUUAAUUCUUUUGGAGUUUUUUUUUAAGUCAUGAAGAGCUUCACAAUUCUAGUGAUACAGUGUUGAUUAUAUAUUGUACUUUAUUUAUAUUAAAUAUAGGUAACACAGAAUUAGAUCGUUUGGAUAUGUUUGAGGCAGUGCAGAGCUCAAGAAGAAAAAUUAGGAAAUAUUCUGAAGGCCGGAACUCUGGAAGAACUUAGAAAGUUUGGGGAUAAAUUAAACUUAUGUAGAUUUAAAAUUAAAGGGGGUUUAUUUCCCAAACCCCUUGAAUCUUUUCUUUUCCUUGGUAUUUAUGGGAUUCUUAAAGAAAAAUUUGUAGAAGUACUAUAUUCGUUAAUAAAGCAUAUAUAUCAUUCUACUACCAUUAGCAAAUAACUUAGAUGUAGUUAAUAUAAUUGUUAAAAGGUUUAGCUCUGUUACAAAUAAAAACAAAAAGAUCUGGCAACCAGACUUUCAUGACAUUACACUACCAUGACAAGAAAUAUGGGCAGUAAAAGUUGGAUCCACAUGGAGUACAUAAGCAUCUAAUACCUUGAGAUGUGUUUAAAAUUUUUCAAGUUAUCUUCCAUGAUUUAGGAACCAUUUAGAGACAUGAAGUCUUUAUGGGUUAGGGGAAAGGUUGAUACUUAGUUUGAUUAAAGGUAAUGAUUAAUAUGCCUUUUUGUUAAUACUUCUUUCUGAGGCUGUUUUCCCCUAAACAGUAUCUUAAUCUUUACAUGUAAUUGAAAUAUUAUUUAAAGCAGUGAGUUAUUGUAACCUCAGAUUAGUUGCAUUGAUCAAAACAUUGAUUUUUAUAUACACACACACACACACACGGCUUUUAUAUUUAGUCUGGUUACAUUAGUGACCAUGGUAUUUCAUUUCUUUCUUCUUAAGGAGCCUUUGAAUUUCUUGUCCAGAUAAAAAUCUGAAUGAUAUUUAUCUUAGACUUAAAGGGACACAGUUGUAUCAUUAGGUAGCAUAUGUUUUACUCUCAG